CCCCUUCCGGUCUGGGCUCUCCUGCGUGGAAGAGAUAACACAGCAGGAUUUUCCGGGCAGCCGAGAGGCUGCAGUUUCUAGCCAGAUGGCCUCUGCCAACGACACCCGGCAGGCCCAGAAAGAUGCCGCCGACCAGAACUUCGACUACAUGUUCAAGCUGCUGAUCAUCGGGAACAGCAGCGUGGGGAAGACGUCCUUCCUGUUCCGCUACGCGGACGACUCCUUCACCUCGGCCUUCGUCAGCACCGUGGGCAUCGACUUCAAGGUCAAGACGGUCUAUCGGAACGAGAAGAGGGUCAAGCUGCAGAUCUGGGACACAGCUGGGCAGGAGAGAUACCGGACGAUCACGACGGCCUAUUACCGGGGCGCCAUGGGCUUUCUGCUGAUGUACGACAUCGCCAACCAGGACUCCUUCAGUGCCGUGCAGGACUGGGCGACUCAGAUCAAGACUUACUCUUGGGACAACGCCCAGGUGAUCCUGGUAGGCAACAAGUGUGACCUGGAGGACGAGCGGGUGGUGGCUACGGAGGACGGCAGGCGGCUGGCUGAUGAGCUCGGUAGGGGUCCCUUCUUCCCUCCCCCACAGCAGGCUGGGCAUGAAACGGAUUCUGGGGGGUGUCGGCGGCUCCAAAACCCCAGGAAUAAACGCUUAAACGGGAGCUCUACUGAGCAAGAUGAGAGCGCCCCUGGUCCAACGUGUGCCCUGGAUGCUGUGGGGGUGAUCUGUGGUUCUCUGAGCCUCAGUGGCACCCGGGCACUCUAA